AUGGUACGCGAGCGAAACCUUUUCUCAUUUCUCAUCUCUGACCAUUUCCUACAACUCAUCACUAUUCCGAAAAUAUGGUCAACGAUGACCUGGAUUCACUCGGGCCAUUCGAAUUCCUCGCCGCAAUCGACCUACCAAUCUUUGUCCUCGACUUGCACGCCUGUUUUCGAAACCGCCAGGCUUCAGAAACUGCAUGCUAUUGGCGGGGAUCAGUUGAAGAUUGGGUGGAGAGAAGCAAGGACCAAUCCAACGGUUGCUUCAUUUCUGCAGUGGGCAGUCUCUUCACCGCAAGCUUCGACUUUACCCCCUUCGGAAUACUGGGGGAUUCAAUGGACGGGCAGAAAUGUGAGGAAUAGGUGGAGAAUCAUUGUGGGAGAGAUGGACAGUCUGCCGCGAGACGAUACAUGUCAGGCUGAGUGGUCCUACCAAAAUCAGACUCCAAUUCCUCCACAGAAAGGACCUGAACCCAAUCAAAGCCAAGCUCAGGCUCCUCCACAGAAACCACCAGAACGACCUCCACUAAAGAUAAAAGCAUACCCUGCAUCCCAGGAAACUCCCCAACGAUUGAUAGCUUUGAAAUCGCAUUCCGAUGAAAGUAUUCCUACAUUUCUGUUGCGUUCUCAGAGACAGACUUCAUCCGAGGACCAUGUUUCACAGCAGCAUACCACCGAGCAUUGUGGUUCGUUCGAUGUCACGAAACACAAGUCCAAGGAAUCAUUCUGUCCCCACCUCGAUUCUUUCAUGGGUUUCGACUGGGCUUCCACCGAGCUGGGUGCCAUCAGCUCUUGGUCCACGGAUUUAUGUCGCAUGAUGAAUAUUUUGCUGAAUGAUCCUCGUCCGGCCGCGAUGUACUGGGUCGAAUCAAGAACUAUGAUGUAUAACGAGCCGUUUAUACUCGUGGCUGGUGAGAAACACCCUGGCUUGAUGGGAAAGUUCUUUCCCGAAGCUUGGUCAGAAAUGCAUGAAGACUUCGUUUCAACAUUCGUCAAGGCUGCUGAAACCGGAACAUCAUUGGUUAGAGAUGACGCUUGCUUCUACGUUGCGAGAGACGGGUAUCUCGAAGAGUGUCACUGCUCUUUAUCGGUUAUACCCUUCUCUACCAAUGAUGGGCGGAUAGCUUUCUAUAAUGCAGUAUUUGAUACAACGAAAAAGGUGAUCAUGGAUCGAAGAAUGGCAUUUCUUCAUCUCUUGUCUCAAUAUAUUGCUUCCGCGCGGGCGGUGGAUGAUUUCUGGCGACAACUACUCCGAGUCCUACAAACCGAGAACGCCGACAUUCCCUUCGCGCUAUUAUAUUCCUCGGGCUGGGAAAGCAACGAGAGCCCUCUUGAUCGCCCAAAGCAGACCUUGGAUGAUUGGGUCCUUAGAGGCAUAGUAGGGGUUCCCGAGCCACAUGUCCAAUUUCCUAGACAUUACAGCAACGAUGAACCUAUUGAGGUUUUCUUGCCGGCUUUUCAGGAGAUGAUUAAUUCAGAUACGCACACGCUUCUUUUAGCAAGUGAUGGGUUUAUGCCCCAGUCUCUAGUACAGAAUUUGAAAUCAGCGAAUAACGUUGAUAGCUAUAAGGCUGCGGCGUUCUUGCCGAUCCGGUUGACUGGAGAUUACAUCCGUGGAUUCUUGAUUCUCGGUACUAAUCUAAGGCAACGAUUUGAUGAUGACUACCGUGUUUUCAUCGAGCUUCUAAGAAGGCAAUUAGCAACUUCAAUGGCUGCCGCCAUUUUGCUCGAGGUAGAAAUCAGCAGAAGCAAAAUGGCCGCGGAAUAUGCAACUCAAGAUUGGAAUAUUCUGUCAAAGAAGUUGGCAAUUCAAGCACACGAAACUUCAGAGGUCGAAAGUCGCUUCCGAAGGAUGGCCGAUCAUGCACCGGUGGGAAUGUUUCAUUUCGACCCUUCCGGCGUCGUGUUAUACGCCAAUGAAUAUUACUACAGGCUCACUGAACAUCCUCGGGAUGUAACUUCUAUAAUGUGCUGGUAUAAGAUCAUCAUGGAAGAAGACCACGCUGAGAUGAACCGUGAAUGGCCUAAACUCUGGGACGGAGAAAAGAUUUCCUUUGAGCUACGACUAAAACGGCCAUUCGUCGCUGACGAAAUUAUUUGUGGCGAGAACGUAGAAGGUUCAACAUGGAUUAUUGUGGCUGCUUAUGCCGAGAAGGACCCAGACGGCAAUAUGGUUGGAAUUCUUGGUUGUAUAACUGACAUCAGCCGACAGAAAUGGGCAGAAGGAGUUCAGAAGCGAAAGAUGCUCGAGGCUAUUGAAUGGAAGCGGCAGCAAGAAAACUUUAUUGACAUGACGUCCCAUGAGAUGAGGAAUCCUCUUUCCGCAAUUGUACAAUGUGCUGAUGUUGCCAACCCUUUUCUUCGCCUACCUUUCUUCUGGAUUCAGACUUCUGUCUUAGCCUUCAAAGGGAAUUCCAAGGAUGUCUUACUACCUAGAGAGAUGUUAGAUGAUGCACUCAAGAUGUUUGACGGCCAGUUACAGAAAAGUCGGAUAGAGCUUCAAUUCCUUAUUGAGCCUUCCUAUCGUGAGAUAUCAGUCGAUUGGGUGAACGUCGAUCCAAGCAGAUUACUUCAAAUCUUAAUAAAUUUGAUGACCAAUGCCAUCAAAUUUACGCAGACCGAAAGCAGAAGGAAGAUUGCUGUAUACUUGGGAGCUUCCCUCGAACGACCACCGAAAGAGAAUGAUGGUAUCCAGUAUCUCCCGCGAAACGCGGCAUAUAAAGGUCAGACUACCGAUUAUGACUCAGGCGAAGUCAUCUACCUCUCCAUCGCAGUCAACGAUUCUGGCAGAGGUUUAGACGAAACGGAACGCGACCUUCUUUUCAAGCGCUUCUCACAGGCUACACCACGAACACACGUGGAAUACGGUGGUAGUGGCCUUGGCCUCUUUGUUUCUCGCCAACUGACAGAAAUCCAAGGCGGGCAAAUAGGAGUAGCAUCUAAAGCAGGUGUUAGAAGCACUUUUGCUUUCUACGUACGAACUCAUCGUUGCCCUGCUCGGAAUAAGAGUCCAGAAUUGCCACAGGACUCGCGCUCCCAUGAUUCUAUCCAAACGCCCGCGACAAUGGACCGAAUUGGAACGGGCCUGUCCCUUGAAUCAAAUCCCGAUGAGAAAACGAAAAUAGCCGGCGGCUCGAUGCACGUCCUGAUUGUUGAAGAUAAUCUCGUGAAUGAGAAAGUCCUUUCUAAACAACUGCGUAAUGCGGGAUGCGUUGUGAGCGUUGCGAAUCAUGGCCGUCAAGCUCUAACGUUCCUUGAAACAACUCAUUUCUUUCCCCCCAACACCGUUCCUCUCCACAUUGUCCUCAUGGACGUAGAGAUGCCCGUCAUGGACGGACUCACCUGUGUGAAGACGAUUCGAGAGCUAUAG